AUGUCCACUGUACCCACAUUGAGCUCCACUACCUCUCCCACUGCAACACAACUUGUCUUUGCACUAACCAAUGUCUACAACCAGUUUAGCUUUAAACUAUCGGUUGAUGGGUCCAAAUACAAACUGUGGAAGCGUAUCUUCUUAGACAUGUGUAAAGGAGCCAAGGUGCAUGGUCAUAUUACUGGCAAAUCCCUCCUAAAAGGUGAUGAUGAUGAAAAUUGGGAGGCCAUUGAUUCUAGGAUCAAAUCAUGGUUUUAUACUACAUGUGAUGCUAAUCUUUUGCAUAUUAUAUCUAGUGAUGACUGUACAACCAAAGAUCUUUGGGACAAGCUCACUAAAUUCUUCCUCAAUAACAAGAUGUCCCAUAUGCUCCAACUUCAAGAGCAAUUUCGAAAUACCAAGAAAGGGUUUUCAUCAAUCACAGAAUUUUGCCACACUUUGAAGAAUUUGGUUGAAGCGCUCGCUGAUUGUGAUUCCAAAAUUGAUGAAAUUGAGCUUGUUAUGUAA